UCCAUCCAUCAUUCAUGAUAAAUAAAACAAGACAAGAAAAUACUAAAAUUUGAUUCUGUUAAAGACCAAACAGAAACAUUUUUAUUUUACAAUUUGCGUCAAGGAAACCUUUAAAUGACAUAAAUUGUAGUAGUUUCAGCAGAAAUAAGGAUUUUUCUUGAACAAAAGAAUAACAAAGAAAACAAAAGUGAUUACAGACGUUUAAAAAAACAAAAUAAACGUUUCAGAUUCUCCAUGUUCCAUCAUGUCUGAUGAACAUGUGGACUUUUCCUCCUCAGAUCGUUUCUGGGACUUUAAGUGAGGAUGCUGGCCUGCGCAUGCGCAGAAGCCCUCUCCUCCUGACAGUGACCUCAGCCUCCGCAGCGCCUGGACCGGACUGGACCGAACCGGGAGCGCCACACGCCCAGCGAUGGCGGCGGUUUUCGGGAGGAUUUACGUGGGGAUUUACGUGGAGAUCAAGCGAAGUGACGGGCGGAUCCACCAGGCCAUGGUCACCUCCCUGCACGAGGACAACGACAGCGUGACGGUGGAGUGGAUCGAGAACGGGGACACCAAAGGGAAGGAGAUCGACCUGGAGAGUGUCUUCGCUCUCAAUCCGGAUUUAGCUCCUGAAGAGGAGAUUCCUCAGAGUCCAGAACCUCCUCUUCCUCCCUCCAGCGUGUCAAAGAUCAGCAAAGUCCCGAAGGCCAAACGGGCCACUGCCAUCCCGAAGCCUGAAAGCGCUCCCCGGGAGAACAGAGCUGCAGCAGUGGGAACCACCAGAGCCCGUCCCAGCCAGCACAGCCAGCCCGCGGAGCCCCCACCCCCCUCCAUCGCCCCUCCGUCUGCAGCCAAUCAGCAGCUGCAGCAGCAGAACGCUCGCAGGAAGUCCAACUGCGUGAAGGAGGUGGAGAAGCUGCAGGAGAAACGGGAGAAGAGACGUCUGCAGCAGCAGGAGCUGAGAGAGAAGAGAGCCCAGGAAGUGGACGUAAACUUACCCAACUAUGAGAUCAUGUGCAUGAUCCGAGACUUCAGAGCCAGUCUGGACUACAGACCUCUGACCUCAAACGACCUGAUCGAGGAGCACAGGAUCUGUGUGUGCGUCCGUGCACGGCCGCUGAACAAAAAAGAAAUCUCCGUGAAGGAUCUGGACGUGAUCACCAUUCCCAGCAAAGACGUGGUCAUGGUCCACGAGCCCAAGCAGAAGGUGGACCUGACCCGCUUCCUGGAGAACCAGACCUUCCGCUUCGACUACGCUUUCGACGAGAACUCCACCAACGAAAUGGUUUACAGGUUCACGGCUCAGCCGCUGGUCGAGACCAUCUUCGAGAGGGGGAUGGCGACCUGCUUCGCGUACGGGCAGACGGGAAGCGGGAAAACUCACACGAUGGGAGGAGACUUCUCUGGGAAGAACCAGGACUGCUCCAAAGGCAUCUACGCGCUGUCAGCCAGAGACGUCUUCCUCAUGCUGAAGAAGCCGGUUUAUAAAAAAAUGGAGCUGCAAGUCUAUGCCACGUUCUUUGAGAUCUACAGCGGAAAGGUGUUCGACCUGCUGAACCACAAGGCAAAGCUGCGCGUCCUGGAGGACGGGAAGCAGCAGGUGCAGGUGGUGGGGCUGCAGGAGAGGGAGGUGAAGUGCACGGAGGACGUCCUCAAACUCAUCGAGAUGGGAAACAGCUGCAGGACGUCGGGUCAGACGUCCGCCAACGCUCACUCGUCUCGGAGCCACGCCGUUUUCCAGAUCAUCCUGCGGCGGCGGGGGAAGAUGCACGGGAAGUUUUCCCUCAUCGACCUGGCGGGGAACGAGAGGGGCGCCGACACGUCCAGCGCCGACCGGCAGACCCGGCUGGAGGGAGCCGAAAUCAACAAGAGUCUGCUGGCGCUGAAGGAAUGCAUCCGAGCUCUGGGCAGAAACAAACCUCACACUCCGUUCAGAGCCAGCAAGUUAACUCAGGUGCUGCGGGACUCGUUCAUAGGAGAAAACUCCAGAACGUGUAUGAUCGCAACCAUCUCUCCUGGAAUGGCGUCCUGUGAAAACACGCUGAACACGCUCAGAUACGCCAACAGAGUGAAGGAGUUCGGGAUAAGCCCCUCUGACAUCCCCUUCUCGCAGAGCGGCGGCGGGGGAGGCCGAUCCGAGCUGUCCCCGACUUACAAGAUGAAGGAGCUCUCUGUGGAUCCCGCGGCGGCGCUGGACUUCCACCAGGGAGGACACAUCACCCAGCUGGAGGUUCUGGAGGCCCAGUGGGGCGUGGGCAGCUCGCCGCAGAGAGACGACCUGAAGCUGCUCUGCGAACAGAACGAGGAGGAGGUUUCCCCACAGCUCUUCACCUUCCAUGAAGCCGUGUCUCAGCUGGUGGAGAUGGAGGAGCAGAUGCUGGAGGACCACAGAGCCGUUUUCCAGGAGUCCAUCCGCUGGCUGGAGGACGAGAAGGUGCUUUUAGAAAUGACGGAGGAGGUCGACUACGACGUGGAAUCCUACGCAACUCAGCUGGAGCAGAUUCUGGAUCAGAAGAUCGACAUUCUCAUUGAGCUGAGAGAUAAAGUCAAAUCUUUCCGCUGCGCCCUCCAGGAAGAGGAACAAGCCAGCAAACAGAUAACGCCCAAAAGGCCGCGAGCGCUAUAGAAGAGGCCAGGCGUCCCCGCUCCUGACUCGGCUGCGUUCAAAGCUGCUGGGAUUUUACCACCGAUUACCCAUCAUCCCCCUGUGGAACCAAAGAGCCGACCGCCGUCGCUCUUCCAUCCUGCAUCUACGUGGUUUUGCGUGUUCAGUCACAAGUGCUUCAAUUAAAAACAAAAGACAACAAAAAAACUUGAAAUGAAUUUUUUUAAAGAUUUCGUCAUUUUCACUGAUUUUAUAAACGGUCGUUGCAGUUAUGUGCAAUAUUCAGAGGACUGUUUCCUGCUCUUUGCUGGAGAGGGAAGGGUCCGGAACAGAAGAAAACGUGUCUGUUUGUGUUGAUAGUGAAUGAAUAAAGUUUGACUGAGACGAACCCGACAGGAAUCCCGGAGCGAACGGCUCUGCCAGGUUUCCAAGUAACAUUUAUGAAAAUGUUUUACAUCUGCCAAAUAAAUAAAUAAAUAAACUCA